UCGGAAACGCGGUAGAAAUGAAAGAUGAAAUAUGAUACCCAAAAUAUCUCAAGACUUAUUGACACUGAGCUAUAGCAGAUAGAAAACUACUUCAAGAAUUGAUAAUGGAGGAUACUUUACUAGAGCAGUUGCGACCAAUCUUCCCAAAUUUGACAGACGAGGUGAUUUUGAUUAGCAUCAGACAUCCCAGUAACAACACAGACCCUGGAUCUGUGCAGUCCAUCUUCCUCAGCUGUAUAGAUGAUCUCCUUUCCCUCCGCACAUUUUCUCUGGCCUCUGCAGAACCCAAGAACACGCAAAACCCAUCAUCUGAAGAUGAAACACUUGUUAAAGCUGCAGAGAAGGUAGAAAAAGAAGAAAUUAUUUCCUUAAAUAAAUUAUCUGAUGCAACAAGGAAACCAUAUAAAACUAGUAAUCAGUCUGCACAAGGUACAAAAGAACUUGCUGGAAAUCCCAAAGGAUCAGUGCCUUCAUCCAGUGGUUUUAGUAGAAGUAUUGAGCAGAAAAAGCCAUCAUAUCAGACAUUCAGAAAAGAGGUAUUAGAUUCUGAGGAGAGUUCCAAUGACUCCCUGCCAGACCCCUGUCUGGAUACAAAGAGCUCUUCAGCAGCUGGAGGUCAUUUAAGUCCUACUCCCUCAUCACAAACUUUGAAAACUCCAUCCCUAUCUUCACCACUCAAACUGUACAAAAGAAAAUUAAACAGAUCCCCGGGUUUUCUGGUAAACAAACCGUAUUCUCACUCUGCUGAAAGACUCAAAGCUGGUAUUGAAGGACAGAGAACCAGAUUUAAUUCAGAACCCUCGCAGCCAGUUUUUUCUUUGAAUAAAACUCUAAACAAGGCAGGGACUUUGAUAAAGCCAGCCACAUUCUCUCCUACCAAAUCCACUGAUGGUUCAAUGGCUAGUGGACUGAAAAAAGGCACAGUCAUCAAACCUGCUGUGUUUUCCCCCAAUAAGGCCAGCACUUCCUCAUCUGUUGACAUUAAAAAAGCCAGCAUUAUCAAACCAGCAACAUUUUCUCCUAGUAAGAGCCUUGUACAUGGAUUUAAUGAUGCAGGAAUUGAUUUUAAACUUGCUUUGAAGAACAAAGCAAUAGUUUUUACAAACAAUAACAUAAUAAAGCCAGCACAUUUUUCACCAAAAUCUACUGCAAAUUUAUCAUCAAAUAAUCAAAUGAGGACAAAGGACAUUGUUUCCGAAAGUUCAAAGUCUGAACUUGCUACUAGAACUAUAAAAAUUCCCUCUCCAGGAGGAGGAUAUGUUAUUGCUAAUUAUAAAGUCUCGUCAGUGGCCCCCACAAAGUUAAUAAUUAGUAAAGAGGAUGUUCAGAAAUCUGCAGCCACAAGUUUGACCAGACCCCUCCCACCAGCCGGUCUAGACAACUGGAAGUAUGUUGAUGUCCAAACAGAUGCUGGCUCAUUGGACGAUGAACAGUCAUACAGACGAAAGAUUUUAAGCAAGUCUGGAGAAGUUAUGGGAAAGAUUGAAAACGAGAGGAGGAAGUCACUCGGGGGAAUUCAUGCACAGAGCACAGUGCCUAGAGAACUUAAGAACAAACAACGGGCUGCUGUAAAAGAUGCAAAGAUGUCCAAUGAAGGAACCAGCUCUAAAGCCCGUAAGCAAAAUAGCAGAUAUGACAGUUAUACAGCAGAUAAAGAGGAGGAGGAAGAUGAAGAUCUACCUAGGAUGGACUUCCUGACGUCCAGGAGGCUUAAAGAUGAUACAGUAACACAGGCUGUUACUGACAGCGAGGCAGGAGGGGACAGGUCAAAGGUUAAAACAGUUGAAAGGUCAAAGGGAAAAUCUAAAGUACCUGAUAGGUCAAAGAAGAAGUCAAAAGAAGGGUCAGAGGGUAAUGACAUCAUCAUUAUGGGUGGUAGAGCUGCAGAGGUAGAUGUAGUAGAUAUCACACAUAGCUCUCAGUCUUCUGAGGGGUCACAGACAGACACACCAGUAAUCAAUGUGGAGGCCUAUCCUGAAGUUGUAGACAUCACCACUGAACAAGGUUCUCCUGAUGUGUUUGAAGUGAAAGUUAAUAAAAACAAACCUAUUGUUGUACCCGAUUCACCACCAAUAGUUGUUGCACCUGCUCAAGCAGUAACCCAAAACAGGGUCAAUACCCAUUUUAUACCUAAAAAUCAGGUGGAUAUGAAGGGCAUGCGAGACCUGAUAGCAGCUGUUUUCAAGAACAGAUCACCUACUGCUACGACUGUUACCAGACCAACACCUAUUCCACCAGGAAGUAGACAACCACAUGUUCCUGUGGUGACCCAACCAAAACCUGUUUCUAUGGUUACCAGACCAACACCUGCUCCUGUAGCUACCAAACAAGCACCUGUUCAAGCAGUAAACAGAACACCACCUGCUCCUGUGGUUACCCAACGAGCACCUGUACCAGCAGUAAAUAGGACACCACCAGCUCCUGUGGUUACCCAACGAGGACCUGUACCAGCAGUUAAUAGGACACCACCAGCUCCUGUGGCUACCCAACGAGCACCUGUACCAGCAGUAAAUAGGACAACACCAGCUCCUGUGGCUACCCAGCAAGCACCUGUUCAAGCAUUAAAUAGGACACCACCUGCUCCUGUGGCUACCCAGCAAGCACAUGUUGAAGCAUUAAAUAGAACACCACCUGCUCCUGUGGCUACCCAGCAAGCACCUGUUCAAGCAUUAAAUAGGACACCACCUGCUCCUGUGGCUACCCAGCAAGCACCUGUUCAAGCAUUAAAUAGGACACCACCUGCUUCUGUGACUACCCAGCAAGCACCUGUACCAGCAGUAACUAGACAACCACCUGCCCCAGUGGUUACCAGACCACCACUACCAAACAAUGUACCAUCCCUUCCCACCAUGGAUAUAUCACCUGAGGAAAAGCUGAAUGACAAAGUCAAUGAAGUGCUGCUGAUGUUCCCUGAUGUGGACCCCCAGUAUGUGAAGAACUUGUUACUGGUGCAUAUAGGACCAGAGGCCCUGAACAAUGUCUGUAAUCUACUUCUGGAGAACUCUAACUACCCCCGAGUACAGAAGCUCCCAUCCAGUACUGUGUCUUCCGAUCCCUCGCCACCAAAGAGAAGCAGCAGGAAUUUUUAUGAAGACUAUUCAGAAAUGAUGAAAUCCUAUGAAUACAGAAUUAACUGUGAGCUGCUGUUACAGUCAGAAUUUAAAAUGAUAUCUGUCCGAGAUAUUCGAACGUUGGCCUCGCAUUAUAAUUGGCAUUAUGCUCCUAUGCACAAGGCUCUAUCUCUGAUUGUCAAAAAAGGCUUGGAGGACAUGCAGAGUGAGGGAAAGAAAACCUUGUCCCAGGCUGUGAUUGUGGGCAAUAUUCCUGUUGGUUCUGAGGAGAGGUUGAUGAAGGUGACGUGUCUAAAAUGUCCACGGGCUCUGAAGUGUUCCCUGAGCAGUCUGCCACCUGAGUUAUUGGAGGAGUACGAAUUUGUCAAAGAGAGGUUGAGAGAAGAGGCUAAGGAUGAAGACCUGAAGGUAGCCCAGCAGAUGAACGAGUGUGAGUAUGCGGAGACCGGUCAGCUGAUCGAGUGUGGCUGUUGUUAUAUGGAGGUGGCCUUUGACAAUAUGGUACAGUGUUACGAGGGGCACCUGUUCUGUGAGGAUUGUCUGAAGAAUUAUGCCAAUGAAUCUGUGUUUGGGCAUGGAAAGACUUCAUUACUCUGCAUGUCGGAGGGGUGUGAAGCUUCAUUUCCAAAAAGUCAGUUAGACAAGGCCCUACCAGCCAAUAUCCUGGAUAAAUACAAUGACAGAGUUCAGGAGGAGAGUAUAAACUUAGCUGCUCUGGAUGAUCUUGUCAGAUGUCCACACUGUGAUUUUGCAGCCUUACUGGAUCCUGGGGAUAAAGUAUUUUCUUGCCAAAACACAUCCUGUAUGAAGGAGACCUGUAGAUAUUGUAAAGAAGACUGGAAGGAACAUUUUGGGAAGCGAUGUGAAGAAAUUGAAAAGAAGGAUGAAGUUAGUCUACGAAUUAAAUUUGAGGAGAAGAUGGCUAUGGCCAAAAUUCGAACCUGUCACCGGUGCAAAGCUAAGUUUAUGAAGGAAGAGGGGUGUAACAAGAUGACCUGUAAAUGCGGUGCUUCCAUGUGUUAUGUCUGUCGUAAACCGGAUAUAAGCUACAAACACUUCUGUCAACAUUUGAGAGAACCGAAGAAACCAUGUAACAAGUGUAAUGAUUGCUUCUUGUGGAGUAAGGCAGAGGAGGACGAUGAGAGAGCAAUAGCUGAGAUUAGGAAGGAAUGUGAAGUAUUCAGGAUGGAGAAAGGAUUUUCAUUGGAUAGAGUCAUUGGAGCCCCUGAUGAGCCUCCAGCCAAGAAAAUGAAGGUCAAGUGAGGGCCAAUCAACUGUCAGAGAGUUCACAAGAGCAGCUCCAGCCAAUGCUGUGGAACAUACUCAUGUUGUGUUUGAACUUGUCAUUGUAUUAAAUUGAACAUGAUGGUUGAAUAAGAUAUUCAUUGACAAAUUAAUUGAAAGUAUCUGUCCACUAAAUCUAAAAAAAGGUUCAAGAGAGAAUUUUGGUUUUAAAAAUAUUUCUAUUGAACAGUGAUUGCUUUAUUUG